CGGCCGACCGUGAAAGACAGCAGAGCUUCAUGCAGGACCACAGUGUCGAGCACUUGCAUUAUUAUGGAGGAACGUCAAAGGAAACUUAGUCAGAGAUAUGAAGACAAACCAAAGAAAGUAAGAUUCAAAAUAUCUUCUUCUUACAGCGGCAGAGUUUUGAAACAAGUCUAUGAAGAUGGGCAGGCGCUGGAGAGCCCAGAGGUGGAAUAUCCACACAGUUUUAUACAUGAGAAAUUUCCCAGGCAUAUGGAUGGUGAACUGAUGUGUAAUUUUGCAGAGUUACAGGAUCAAGGAUUAUAUUCACCCACCACCUUAACAGCCCAGAGAAUCAAUAUUUUCAGAGAUGGGAAUAAGUACCAUCUUGCUGGAGGAUCAUCUUUAUUCAAUGACUUUGCUCCAGCGGAUUCUAAACCUUCCCCUGUUUUGGACUUUGGCAAGAUAAUCAUCUAUACCAGCAACCUGCGAAUAAUCAGAACUUCUCAGGGGAAGAAGGAAGUAGCAAACAGGUUUAUUCACAACCGGGAUGGAAGUGAUGGUUACUCCAUAAUACCUAAAGGGGAGGACGGAGCACAGAACCCCAGCAAGCGGGAGCCUACAGAUGAUCAGAACGCGAAACCUGCCAACGCUCUGGAAUUGGUCUCAGAGUCUGGUUGUCUGCAGUGUGGAGGAUCUGGCUGUGCCCCCUGCUCGCUGUGCCAUGGAAGCAAACUCUCGAUGCUAGCCAACCGCUUCAAGGAGUCAAUUAGGGCUUUACGCUGUCCUGCCUGCAAUGCAAACGGCUUGCAGCCAUGCCAGGCCUGUACACACAGCAACAGCAUCUGACUCCAUUGGGAAAUGUAUUGCUAAUAUUUGAAAACCAAACUAAAUCCUCUGUUUAGGAGUGUCCCGUGGAGAAAAGGUAUCAAAUGAAUAAAGA